CUCUGGCCCGGUGGCGGGAGGGCGCAGCACUCGGACCCCCGCGCCCGCCGGUUCCGCGGGUCCGAGCCGAGCCUGAGCAGCCCCGCCUCGCUCUCCGCGUCCCCGGGGUCCACAGCCUGCGGGAGCCGGGGAGCCGCGCGCCGAGGUGCCGCUCUCUGUCGCCUUCCCCGCUCGCCCUACUUCUUUUGGGGUCCGCAGAGCGGGAGGCAGAGGAAGCGCGGAGGCGGAGCAGUCGCGGCCGGAGCCGAGAAAAAGUGGCAUGCCGGAGCCCUGGAGGCGGAGGUGGCCGAGCUCGGGGGAAGAUGAAGCCGCGGCUCCGUAGGGGACGUAGGCGAGAUCCAGCGAGGCGAGCGGGGCGCCCAGGCGCCCGCGGGCUCCGGGGAGACGCGCGCCGCUCGGAAGCUCCGGCCUCGGAUCCCCCGCGCCCCGACGCUGCGGGCGACCGGGCUUGGCUCCUGCAGCCGCCGCCGCCGCCGCCCGGAGGACAGAGCAAAAGUUUGGAUCUCGGGGAGGGCGCCGCGCCGCGCGGGAUCAUCGUCCGGGCCGGAAGGAGACCGCAACCACCUUCGCAGAUGACAGUCCAACACCAUAUUGACAUGUGGGGUUGCAAAUACCUGGGACUGGAGGAGGUGGAAGAUGAGAUUUCAAGCAUUUUCCCAUGUCUCUGCCAAUUGCAGCCUGCGCUUACCCAAGAAACCCCUCGUCUGACCCCUGACAGAAGACGGGAGUUCUGUCCACUUGCUUGGGCGAGUGUUGUCAUCGCUGAUAGCUGGCUGUCACCUGCUGUCUGUGUGGAAAAUUUUCCCUGUUGAAAUUUUUUGCACAUGGAGCACACCAACAAAGAGGGCAACACAGGCUGAUGAGACCAGAGUCAUCAGGAAGAUUAUUUUAACAUCUGCCCUCAGGACACCCUCCCUCGCUGGAGUUCUGGACUUUUGGCAGAACCCUGCCCAUUCUGAUUUUACUGCCUGGUUUUUAUUUGUUUUCUUCUUCCCGCCACAUUGUAUUUCAUUUCUGUAUUUCAGAAAUGGGCCUACAGACCACGAAGUGGCCCGGCCAUAGGGCUUUUUUCCUGAAAUCUUGGCUUCUAAUUUCCCUGGGGCUCUAUUCACAAGUGUCAAAACUCCUGGCCUGCCCUAGCGUGUGCCGCUGUGACAGGAACUUUGUCUACUGUAACGAGCGAAGCUUGACCUCAGUGCCUCUUGGGAUCCCGGAGGGCGUAACCGUACUCUACCUCCACAACAACCAAAUUAAUAAUGCUGGGUUUCCUGCAGAGCUUCACAGCAUCCAGUCUGUGCACACGGUCUACCUUUACGGCAACCAGCUGGAUGAAUUUCCCAUGAACCUUCCCAAGAAUGUCCGUGUCCUCCAUCUGCAGGAAAACAACAUUCAGACCAUCUCCCGAGCUGCUCUUGCUCAGCUUCUGAAGCUGGAAGAGCUGCACCUGGAUGACAAUUCCAUCUCCACAGUGGGGGUGGAAGACGGGGCCUUCCGGGAAGCUAUAAGCCUCAAAUUGUUGUUUCUGUCCAAAAACCAUCUGAGCAGUGUGCCUGUCGGGCUUCCUAUGGACCUGCAGGAACUCAGAGUGGACGAAAACCGAAUUGCUGUCAUAUCAGACAUGGCCUUCCAGAACCUCACAAGCUUGGAGCGUCUGAUCGUGGAUGGGAACCUCCUGACCAACAAGGGCAUUGCUGAGGGAACCUUCAGCCAUCUCACCAAGCUCAAGGAAUUUUCAAUAGUCCGCAACUCGCUCUCCCUCCCCCCUCCCGAUCUCCCAGGUACGCAUCUGAUCCGGCUGUAUUUGCAGGAUAACCAGAUAAACCACAUCCCUCUGAUGGCCUUCUCCAACCUCCGUAAGCUAGAGCGGCUGGAUAUAUCCAACAACCAGCUGCGAAUGCUGACCCAAGGGGUCUUCGAUAAUCUCUCCAACCUGAAGCAGCUCACUGCUCGGAAUAACCCUUGGCUUUGUGACUGCGGCAUCAAGUGGGUCACGGAAUGGCUCAAGUCCAUCCCUUCCUCGCUCAACGUGCGGGGUUUCAUGUGCCAGGGUCCGGAGCAGGUCAGGGGGAUGGCCGUUAGGGAGCUGAAUAUGAAUCUUCUGUCUUGUCCCACCACGACCCCAGGCCUGUCUCUCUUCACCCCGGCCCCAAGUACAGCUUCCCCCGUGACUCAGUCUCCCACACUCUCCCUUCCAACCCCAAGCAGAAGCUACACGCCUCCAGCACCUACCACAUCCAAACUCCCCACCAUUCCGGAUUGGGAUGGGAGAGAAAGAGUGACUCCACCCAUUUCGGAACGGAUCCAACUGUCCAUCCACUUUGUGAAUGACACUUCCAUUCAGGUCACCUGGCUCUCUCUCUUUACUGUGAUGGCGUACAAACUCACGUGGGUCAAGAUGGGCCACAGCCUGGUAGGGGGCAUUGUUCAGGAGCGCAUUGUCAGUGGUGAGAAGCAGCACCUCAGCCUGGUGAAUUUAGAGCCCAAAUCCACCUAUCGGAUUUGUUUAGUGCCACUGGAUGCUUUUAACUACCGUGCCAUGGAAGACACCAUCUGCUCUGAGGCCACCACCCACGCCUCCUAUUUGAACAACGGCAGCAACACUGCUUCUAGCCAUGAGCAGACGACGUCGCACAGCAUCGGCUCCCCCUUUCUGCUGGCGGGCUUGAUUGGGGGCGCGGCGAUAUUCGUGCUCGUGGUCUUGCUCAGCAUCUUCUGCUGGCACAUGCACAAAAAGGGGCGUUACACCUCCCAGAAGUGGAAAUACAAUCGGGGCCGGCGGAAAGAUGAUUACUGUGAGGCAGGAACCAAGAAGGACAACUCCAUCCUGGAGAUGACAGAAACUAGUUUUCAGAUUGUCUCCUUAAAUAAUGAUCAACUCCUUAAAGGAGAUUUCAGACUGCAGCCCAUUUACACCCCAAACGGGGGCAUUAAUUACACAGACUGUCAUAUCCCCAACAACAUGCGAUACUGCAACAGCAGCGUCCCAGACCUGGAGCACUGCCACACGUAACAGCCCGACGCCGGCAGCGGCAGGGCGCACGAGCAGACUCUUGGGAGCGCGCACGCGUGUGCGCAUCCGGACACGCGGAUUACAUUUGAUAAAUGUUACCCAAAUGCGUUUGUGCAUUUGAAUACUCUGUAAUUUAUACGGUGUACUAUAUAAUGGGAUUUAAAAAGUGCUAUCUUUUCUAUUUCAAGUUAAUUACAAACAGUUUUGUAACUCUUUGCUUUUUAAA